AUGGCAAAAAAUGGCAGGAGAUCUCGAAGUAGAAUUAUUGCAUAAUAAAGAAUUGUAGGUAGGUCUCAAGAGAAAAAAUCAGGAUCAAGAAGAAGUAGAGAUAGAAGAGAUGAUAAGGGUAGAGAAAGAGAUAGAGAGGAUAAGCAUGUCAGUCAUAGAAGGUCUAGGUCUCCAAGAGAUAGAUCUCCUAGAAGAAGGGAUAGAGAUAGGCGACAUGUUGAAGAGGAGAGGCACGGUAGAAACAGGGAUUACAGAAGAGAUGAUAGGCAUUAAGAUGACCAAAGAAAUAGGAAAAAGCAGGAGAGAAGGAAAGGAUCAUCAGAAGAGUCAAAGCAUCGCGUGGUCUCUGAUGAUGAGAAAUCAAGCGAUUUGCACUCAAGUAGCACAAGUAAAACCCCUGAGAGAUAUUAAGGCAUUGAUGAAAUGGAGGUUACUGAGGGAUAUAAACUCUAUCAGGAAAGAAGAAAGUAAAGAAAGCAAGAGGAAGAAAAAAAGGCAGCAGCUUUAAUUGAAGGCAUGGAAGGUGGUCAUAAAGUUAGAAAGGUAGAAUUAAAGGAUUUCCCCAACUACAAGAGAAAAUUAGUAGUUCAAAAUCUACCGCUUGACCUGAGUGAAGACGAUAUAAUGAACUACUUCUUUACUAUAUUGUCCUCUUUCAGCAAGGAAGAAUACUAGAAAAAUCCAAUCAUGUCUGUUAUUAGAUAUAAAGAUUUGGGAUUCGUAACUCUAGAGUUCAGAAAAAGAGAAGACGGAGAGGUUUGCUUGAGUUUGGAUGGAACUGAUUUCAAAUCUGGAUAUAAGAUGAGAAUUAUGAGAGUAAAGAGAUUUAUUGAUGACUGGAAUGCUGACAUUGAGAAGGGUAAAAAUCCAAUUGACUCAAUGACCAAAGCCAAAGGUUCCUCCUUAUUCACAGCUGGAGGAAUUUUAGAAACUGAGACUAAUGAAAAGAAAAAUAAGAAGGAUAAACAUGAAGAGGUUGAUAACAGAAUCUAUAUGGGUAAUAUUCCAACAACAAUGUCAGACAUGGAGGUUAGAAAAAUGUGUGAGUCAUUUGGAAGACUUAAAUCUUUUAACCUUGUAAAAGAUCCUAUGAAUCCAGAUAUUAAUAAAGGAUACUCGUUCUUUGAAUAUGUUGAUGAGAGAUCUAUCGAUAAAGCUAUCAAAGCCCUCAACGGGCUUGACUUCAAGGAAAAGAAGCUUAAGGUUCAAAGAGCCUCUACUCAUCAAAAGCCAACUUAGGCUCAAUAAUAAAUCGGGAUGUAUAAAAAUGUUCCCGACGAAAAAAGACUUCCAAUUCCUUUAUUUGCAAUGACACCUAGUAGAGUAGUCUAGUUUCUUAAUAUGAUAUCCGUCGAAGAUCUAUUUGAUGAGGAUGAGAUAUUUUAAGUUAAAGAUGAUUUACUAUAAGAAUGUAAAAACUAUGGCGAGAUUAUCAGUCUAGAAAUCCCUAAGCCUGACGAAAAGGGAAAUGCUACUUAUGGAGUAGGCAAGAUAUUUGUGAAGUUUAAUCACAUUGUAGCUGCUAAAUAAGCAAGAUAUAAACUAUCAGGGAGAAAGUAUAAUGGAAGAACUAUCGUAGUGUCGUUCUAUCCAGAGCAUUACUUUGAUAUCAAAGAAUUCUCAAUCAUAUGA